AUGGUGGGACCACUGAGGCGGCAGGCCGGUCCGGACCAGCUGCUCACCAAUCGCACGCUCGUGGAGGCGUUUGGGGGCACCACGGGCCCUUCAGGUGCUGGCGGCUCUCGCGUCGGCACCUUCGAUGAGGCGGCUGACGAGGCGGAGGAAAUCCCCCGCGUCUUCUCCCUCAAGGGUGCCGGCUCCUCUUUUGGCGCAGGUGCUAACCACACUUCGUUGCCCAGCAGCCAGGCCUUUGGGGCAUGGCCUGGGGCUUCUAGUUGGGGCAACCACCUCCUGCUGCACCCGACGCCAAGCCAGGAGGCUGGUCUUCCGGCCUUUGGCUCGGGGCUGGGCAACGCGCCGAUGGCCAGUGGCAGUGCCUCGUGGGUCACAGUUUUUGGCUUCCCAGGCCGUGCCGCCUCUGGAGUUCGGCAGCAACUGGAGGCAGUCUGCGGCCCGAUCGUCGAGGUGUGCUACGGUGAGGGGAACUUCAUGCACGUGUGCUUCGGCAGCCCACAGGCUGCGAGCGCGUGCCUGGCUUUGAAUGGACAGCUCUUGCUGGGAAAGAUCAUGGUGGGUUGUAUUCCAUGCACCCAUGCUGCGCUUCUGGCCGGCGAGAGCGAGCAACCGGAGGAGCGGCUGCGAGCCUCGACGGCCUCUGUAGGCCUUAGACUAGGACCUGGAAGCCCGGAGGUGCGCCGCCAUGGGCUCCUGUGGCGCUUGUUGGACCAGCUCUUCGACCUGUGA